AUGAAGACGGCCGCCGGCGCCGGGGAGGCCGGCCGGGCGGGAGCCGGGCAGCUGGGGCUCUGCGUCCUCUGCGGCUUGCCGGCGGCGGGGAAGUCCACGCUGGCGCGUGCGCUCGGCCGCCGGCUGCGGCGGGAGCGGGGCUGGGCGGUGGGCGUCCUCCCGUACGACGACGUCCUGCCGGGCGCGCUCCCGGACGGCGCGGGCGCGCGGCCGCCGCCAUCCCAAUGGAAAAUGCUUCGACAGGAACUGUUAAAGUACCUGGAAUGCUUCUUGAUGGCUGUCAUUAGUGGGGGUCACAUAUCUGCCCCACCCAACAGGACUGAAGCCAUGUGGGAAGAUUUCCUGACCUGCUUAAGGAAGCAAGAUCUGAUACUCUCUACUGCACUUGAGGCUCAGGUGGCAAAAACUGAUGCAUCUAGACCUUUGGUUUUGGUUUUAGAUGACAACUUCUAUUAUCAAAGUAUGAGAUAUGAAGUCUACCAGCUGGCUCGGAAAUAUUCAUUAGGCUUUUGCCAGCUUUUUCUAGAUUGUCCCUUGGAGACCUGUUUGCAGAGGAACAGCCAGAGACCGCAGGCACUGCCUAACGAGACUAUCUACCUGAUGGAGAGAAAGCUAGAAAAGCCCAACCCUGAAAAAAAUGCUUGGGAACACAACAGCCUCAUAAUUCAGAGUCCAGCAUGUUCUUUGGAGGCCAGCCUGGAAGUGACUGAUUUAUUGCUUACAUCUUUGGACAAUCCAGUAAAAUAUGUUGAGGACAAUAUGGAACAAAAGGAAACAGACAGAAUUAUUUGUUCUACUAACAUUCUUCACAAAGCUGAUCAGACACUCCGAAGGACUGUCUCCGAGACAAUGAAGGAAGCAAAAGACGAACAGAUACUGCCUAGUGACUUGAAGCGUCUAGCAGAAGAACUGAACAAGCUCAAAGCAGAGUUUUUGGAAGAUAUAAGACAAGGAAACAAAAAAUAUCUGUGCUUUCAACAAACCAUUAACAUAUCCGAUGUUCUUUCCUCUUUUUGUAAUGAGAAAGAUAAUAUUGUACAGAAGUAUUUUUCAAAGCAACAAUAAAGUUUCCAAUCAAAUGUC